UGUAAUAGCGCGGGCAUUUGGGAACUCAAGACGCUACUCGAUCAUCGUUCUCGUUCGUCUCUCGGGUGUGCGAAGAAAUCGCAGAGCAGCGAGACGGGCAUUCCUUUUGCAUCCAUCUUCUGCCAGGAUUUCCGUAUAACCUAGGCUCGACUGAAAGAGGCGAGGAUUGGUGAUCCGUCUGUUUGAUGAAAUGCCUAAAAGAAGAGGCAUCUGAUUACUUGGUAAAAUGCCACAUAAGACCCGUCCCAUGACGGCUCUGUUAUUGUUUACUGGAGUCAACGCCAUUUUGGUCUCAACUAUAACUCCUGUCUAUGACUUCAUCUGCUUUCUACCUUACUGGGAGAGAAGGAGAGAACAUCGUCGUCAGGAACGUGAAGCUGCUUUAGCUAAGAAUUCUGGUGCUAGAUCAACAUAGAAUCAACUAAGGUGCCAUGUCUCCCAUACUGGAGUUCCUUCCUUUUCAUCUUGACCUAUCCAUAAAAUUGGUCCGCAUCCUUACCUCAAGUUCUGGUCGAAAUCACUGAGCACGGUUGAUUACAGUUUCUACCUGAUUGAAUGUGCAAUUGUAGCUGUACAUAUAAUUGUUAAAUUCUAUCAACAUUUCACUAUGUGAGGUUCUACUGAUUAGAUCAAACUGAUUUAACUGAUAGUGCUAGUGCAGUUGAUUUCUUUUACUUCAUAUGGGAGCUUUUACAGAGUUGUUUUUUCCAACAAAUCUAUUACUUUCGAUCUCGAGUUGCCUCCUGGAUAUUAUUA